GUAAGGGGGUUUAGAGUUUUAUUUCUGUAUUUACUAGUGUCUGAAUGAAUAUUAACACCGGACAAAUUGCUUUUGUUACUGGGCUCACUUGCACAUGUGUAGUUGUUUGUAUAAGCUUGCUGCAGCCAGAAGAAGCUCCACCGGGGAGGAAUAAAUUGAACGCCAUUUUUCAUUUCUAAAAUAAAGCAUUUUGUGUGUCGUGUCAGUUAUGAACACUUCUCAACGUGUGCACUCCUUUACACUCCCCGAUCUAUAAAGUAGCAUUGAUAUAUAAAGUUAUAACCUUCAGCUUAUAUCACAAAAAACAACAAAUUAUUAAUGUAACAGAAAGAGAUGCCAAAGGCUCGAAGAUAAAGCCGAAAGCAACGUAUUAACAUGUUUUACUUUAAAAUAAAGCAGCUGCUUGAUUGCAGAUAGCACGCUAAUUCUUACAGGCGGAUGUUUCGGCCAACUAACUUAUAUUACGUAGAGAGUGCGACGUGAGCUGGGAGCCUUGCGCUCGUCUGUCGCUCAUAAAAUAUGGCGUCUCAGGAAGUCUGUUCGAAAGAAAGUGGCAAAAUACGGAUAUGCAAAUAACCACGCACGUAGUGGCAAAACAUACCAGUUAAAAGGCAGAUAAAGUGACAGUGGUUAUGAAACGCGAUGUUGAGGUCUACGGGUUUUUUUCGUGGGAUUGACUGCCCGUUUUAUUGUGAGAGUAGUAAUGGAAAAGCCGGUGCAGAUGGGUGCUGCAGACCCUACUGUCACUUCAGACACAGCAAACAAAGACGAGGCUCCUGUGGGAUAUACGACAUCAAAAAGACUAAAGAGCUUUCUGCGAGCCCAAACGAUCAAGGAUAUGAUCCAUUCAGUCCGGAGGUUGUAAGACCGGGUGAACAUUAUAAUGGGGAGCCACUGUCGAUCCUGUUGGCGGGACAGGAUGUGGAGCUGGAGUUGGUCAAUCGGGCCAUUGAGGCUGUUCGCAAUGAGAUGGAAAGGGACAAGAAGAAGCUUUCUCAGAUCGGUGAUCAGGAAUAUGAGCCGACCACAAGCUCUGUUAAGAGACCGAAACCCACUGCAUCAUCCCAUCAGGGCUACGAUCCUGGGAGCUAUCAAAUGGGCCAAGCGAGUGAAUACACCCCGUCCCCUCGCUCCAGCAAAUACACUUUAGACUCAGACAACAGCAGUACCAAUUCACUGGAAUAUGUGCCCACUGCUGUCUCCAAAAAAGGGAUUAAAAAGGUGUUACCCCCACCGUCCCGUGUAAAGUGUAAAUACACUCUGGAUAAUUCCAAACCAACCUCGGACAUGGAGUACGACCCUCUCUCGAACUAUUCGGCUAAGCCGGCUGUGAAACAACAAAGGAAUCUGUGUUCAGAGGGAGAGGGGAGAAAGAGGUUUUACCCUGAAAAACAAGGGGAAGAUGAGGAAUAUGUUCCAACGGCAAAGAAGCCAAGGUCGCUGUCUCCUAAAGCAUAUGCCCCGAAGUACACUGCAAGUUUCUCUGAAUCCGACGAGGAAAGUUCUGGGACAGAGUAUCGUCCGACGUCCAUAAGCCGAAUGCAGCGCAAGGGGAUCAACAUCAGCUUGAAAAAGGAACGAGAGUCAGGUGCGAUGGGACUGCAAGGAAAUCGGGUGUCUAAAACUGAUGAGGUCUUCUCACAGAGCGAAUCGGAUGAUGUGGAGUCGCAGGAUGUGGACAGGACAAACAAAAAAGACAAAAAGGCGCCUGUGAGUCAGUCGAAAAAUAUAAAAUCUGAUAAGCUGAAAAAAGAGGAGAAGGAAUCCAAUAAGAAGAGUCAAAAAGAAAGGUGGGAAAGCUCUACUUCGAAGAAUUCAAGUAAAAAAGACAAGAACCAAAGUAAGAAUGAGGACAGAAUCAGUAAGUCUAAGGAAAAGGUUCGGAAAGAUGGUUCGGAGUCAAAGAGUACUGAUGAAAAGAACAAGAAGAUAGUUAAGAUAAAGAGUGAACAUUGCUACAAGGAAAAAGAUGGAAGAGGAAGUGGCGACAUCAAGAAGCCCAAAAUGGACAAGCCUGUGAAAACCGAUAUGGUGUCGUCCAAAAUCAAAGUCCAGAAGAACGGAAAACUUGAGAACAGCACAAAGGAGAAGGGCAAAAACAAAAGCAGCCAUGGGAGCAGCAGCACUAAAGGAAAAAGCCAAAAAAGCAGCUCAGUCCUUGAUCACAAAGAGGCAAGUGAGACCAAACAGAGGAAUCUGAGCCACAUAGACCUGUUCGGUGCUGAGAGCGCUGAAGAGGAUGACGAGGAAGACGAGAGGAUAGUGAGGAAGUCAGCUUCUGCUUUUAAACGGGGAAGCCUCAUGAAGAAUAAGAGGAAAACGUCUGAAGAUACAUCAUCAUCAUCAUCGGAGGAUGACUCUGAAGUGGAUGAUGAUGAUGAUGGUGGUGGUGGGGAUGAAGCAGUGGACUACUCCUGUCUGCAGGAUGAGAUGGAGUAUGACUCGGACCCGAUGGAGGAGUGUCUGCGGAUAUUUAAUGAAUCCAAAGAGGUGAAGACGGAAGACAAAGGGAGACAAGCUAAGCAGGUACCACACAGAGUUUUUAUUUAUUUCUCUAGUUGUGAUAAUCAUUUCAGUCAUUUUGAAAGCACUUUAACUACUCUCUUUCCUGGCCAGAAGAAGAGGGUGUCACAUUUUAAAGCUCAAGGAAAGUCAGGGGCAUCGCUGAACGCUGUGCCGAUGGUGCAGCGGAGGAUGACAGCGCAGGAGAUCUGUUACCAGCGCAUGCAGAAGGCCCAGCAGCAGGCGGCACAGCUGGCUGCUGCAGUAAAGGCUGCAUCUGCAUCGACCAUCCCAAAACUGGGGCUCUCUGGGGAGAAACGGCGGGUGGCGCACCGGCCAAAUGCUUCCUUGCCCUCCUCAAAGCCUGGACUAGCUGAUGCCAGCAGUCGGGUGUUAUCACCCACCAGAGUGGCGACAGAUCAGCUUUCAGUCAAAGCUCAUACAUCGGUGGGCAUCCUGUCAAAGACCACAUCAACUACUAUGCAGAAAAGAGUGGCUCACACCCCCACCAUGAAGAGCUCUGCCAUGAAGCGUCCUGUCAUUCCUGCAGAAUUUGGGGCCAAGGUGCCCACUAAUGUCCGGCAGCGUUACCUAAACAUCUUCAUUGAUGAGUGCCUGAAGUUUUGUUCCUCUGAACAGGAAGCUUUUCAGAUGGCUCUGGAGGAAGAGAAGGUGGUGUGUGACAGGAGCAGCAGUAAGAACAUCUACCUGAAUGUAGCUGUGAACACACUGAAGAAACUUCGCAGCAAGAGCACACCUACAUCCCCUGCCAUCAAGAGCCCGGCUGUAUCUGUGAAUAGAAAGUCUCAGUCCCAUGAAGAAGUACUUGGUGGACGACUAGCUGCCACAACCAGCUUCACAAUCAACCGCUCCGGCAAACAGCUGGAUGUGGACCCUAAAGGUGCCAAUCUUUACAAAACACUGAAAAAAUAUGCAAUGACUGAAGAACAGCUGCAGGAGCAUGGUUACCCCAGACCUCACCCUGAGGUGUCGGGUCAUGCUGUCGUCCAUAACCUCCCAGAGAAGAAAAACAAUGACCCUUUUUCCAAAAUCUGUUGUCGAUGUGGCACCGAGUACAAGAUAAACGCUAAUGGCAGCUGUGUGCGUAAGGAGGAGUGCAGUCACCACUGGGGAAGAUUACGCAGAAACAGAGUUCCAGGAGGUUGGGAGACACUUUACAGCUGUUGCUCUGGUGCGGUUGGUUCUCCUGGAUGUGAAGUGUGUAAACAACAUGUACAAGAUGGCCGUAAAGAGUCCUUGGAUGGUUUUGUGAAGACUUUUAACAAACCGUUGCCAGUAGAUGGAAAUGGAGGUGUCUAUGCCUUGGACUGUGAGAUGUGGUUUUAAUAGUUUGUUUUGUAUAUUUAAAUUGUGACCGUCAUAAACUCUGACCUCAAGGUUAUUUAUGACACAUUUGUCAAGCCUGGCAGCAAAGUGGUGGAUUAUAACACACGGUUUUCAGGUGUGACACAGGAUGAUCUGGAGAACACCACCAUCACCCUGAGAGAUGUGCAGGCGGUGCUACUGAGCAUGUUCAGUGCAGAGUCCAUUCUGAUUGGACACAGUCUUGAGAGUGACCUGUUUGCACUCAAGCUUAUUCACUGCUUGGUUGUGGACACCGCUAUCGUGUUUCCUCAUCGCCUGGGUUUGCCCUACAAACGUGCCCUGCGCAACCUUAUGGCCGACUACCUCAAACGCAUCAUACAAGACAACGUUGGAGGGCACGACUCCAGUGAAGAUGCCCGGGCCUGCAUGGAACUCAUGAUCUGGAAGAUCAAAGAGGAUGCCAAGGUGAAGAGAUGACCUCUGACCCUGCCAGUUCUCUCAACCUAUGUUAUGACCUGGAAUGAUUUUCAAUGAACAGAGUGUCGUAGAGGAAGAGUCACUGAAGCUCUUCAUAAUGGACUGUGCGUCACUUGGGUCGGAUAAACUGCGUCAGAGUAAAUGCUGCAGUUUGAAUGAGGGGAAGAAAGAGAUGGACUGACAGGAGGGAUAAUGUGAUAGAUUGCAAAGCCUAGACCACCAUGGCUACUAGCAACCAGAGCUAUCAAACAAGCAAUCGUAAUUCCCGCCAUGCUAAAGCUGACCUAGGUUUGGGCAUUAUUUUCAUAAGUGGGCAUAGAUUGAGGUGAGGGUAAUUGACCUAUUGUUGAGUUAAAGUAUUCUCUCUUUUUUUUUUUUCAGCAGUACAUUUAUGUUUUCAAAGACCAUAGUCCCCCAGAUCAUCAAUUGUGAGGGUGUUUUAAUGUUCACUCUAGGUGAUGUGGCUCUUGGAAGGUCUAUGUGUUGCACUUUAAGUUACUUGAAAUCGUGUUUUUCAGCACUGAUUUGAUGUCACUUCCUCUAGUAAUAAUGUAUAGCAAUCCACAUAAUCAAAGAUGCUGUCUUUCUAGCUGUGAAUGUGUAAAACUAGAUCAUUAUGGCAUUUUCAUGACUCCAAUGCCUUGUAAACCAUGCUCAGUAUUAUUAGUAUCUGUACUCCAAUUAGUACAAUUUGUUUACACAUUCAAAUUUGUUGGUGAUUUGUUCACACAAAUCAAGAGCUGACAGGACAAUAUGAAAAAAAAAAAUAAACUGUUUACUUUGAUUUACUUUUUAAUUUACUUUAAUUUGUAUUAAGCAGUUUAAGCUAUUAAAUGCAGUAUAUUGUAAACUGACACACUAAAUGUCACGUCAUUCAUGAAGGUCUGCCACUUUAAACACAUUAUUGCUACUAAAAACAUAUAACUUUUGAUAUUUGUCCAAACAAAAGAUCAAGAUAGAUGUACAGUGAUUUGUAAUGUGAUUAAAUAACAUUAAUGCCAUGAGCUGUAAAUAAGUUGUAUUUAAACUGUUUUUGUAGCUCUUUAGUUUUUCUAAAAAAACUAUAAAUAAAACACAACUCACAAAUUUUUAUAC